AUGAAUGUUUUGAAUUUCCUGAACUGCAAUUCACUGGAGCAACUAAAAUCGAAUUAUCCAUUGAGAGUGAAGCAAUAUCCAAAAGAAGGUUUAAUAGUUUUAAACUACUUGAAUAGUUCAAAAGCGUCUAAAAUUUCAAAUGAGUGUCGUGGUUUGAUUCUGUCCACGGAUUACAAAGUGAUUUCGCGUUCGUUUGACCGAUUUUUCAACUACAAUGAAAAAAGCACAUUAACACCAAAGGGCCAAUGUCAUGCAAUUGAAAAAAUCGAUGGAAGUAUAAUUAAAAUCUAUCAUUUCAACGGUAAUUGGCACGUAUCAACGCGUGGAACUGCCUUCGCUGAAUGCACCAUCCCCAGAGUAAAAACAACAUACAAACAGGCUGUAUUUGAAGCAUUGGGGCUCAUUAUUUCUGAUGACGAUAUUAACGAACAGGCCGAACAUAAAUUUCAACAAUUUUGCCAAGAUUGCGGCAUGAAUAUUGGGCACUCAUACAUUUUGGAAUUGACUGGCAAAAGUAAUCGAAUUGUAACAGAAUACAAUCCAAAUAAAUACGAACUGUGGUUACUCGGAAUUCGAUGCAACGAUCCAAUUGGAAAAUAUAUCGACGUAAGUUCUGUGAAACUGUCUGAUGCAAUCCGGCGACCCACUUACAAUGUUUUUGAAAACAUUGAGGAGUGCAUUGAACGCUCAAAGAAUUUAACGGAUUUUAAAGAAGGCUUUGUGGUAUACGAUCAAACUACGUUUGAACCAAUUUUGAAAGUAAAAUCACCAAAGUAUGUUCAAGCACAUAACAUAGGUAGCAUGGGUGAAAAUCCAAUUAAAAAUUAUUACAAAAUGAUACUUAACGGCGAGUCGACCGAAUUUUUGGCAUACUUUCCACAUUUUAAGAAGGAAUUUGAUGAGCUUGACAAAAGCCUCAAGAAAUACUUUGAUACAGCACAAAUGGAAUACGAGAAACUAUGCAAAACUAUGCAGUCAGACACCGAUUUUAAAGUUUUUGAUGUUAAACCAUGGAAACAAUUUGCAAUUAAAGCAUUUAAAAAUAAACAGCAUUUAUACAAAACAUUUCUAGACUCGCGAGAAUGUGAUCAGUUGAAAUUUAUAACACAACAUAUU